CAUGAGAACAAUGAUGAAUGAUGAAACAAAACAAACAAGUAAAUUUUCAAAAACUUCGACUUCCCAAAAAAUUUAUUGAUUAUUGAAAAAAACAGCAGUCUUGAAAAUUGAUAUUGGUUAUUGAAGAUGAUCCAUUAGUAACGAUAUAAAAAAAUUGGCUCUGUAAUUCUUUAAAGUUAUUGUCAAUUAAAGAAUGUCUGAACCUCAACAAAGUCAGAAGAAGAACAAAAAGAAAAAGAAAGCAAACAAAUUAAAUGGAAACCAACAUGAAUUGAAAAGUCCGGAAGAAAAUCUCAAAGAAAAUGAUGCUCAGAAGUCUAACAUAGCCCUUGCUGCAGCAUUGCCACAAAAGGUUGGCGUAACGACUACAUUCAAUGAUGUUGAAGUAACCAUGAUGAAAAAUGAAACCGAAGUAACUAAUGGUACAACUAAAAAAAAGAAGAAGAAGAAAAAGAAACAGCAGCAAUCAGCUGAAAAUGCUGGUGAAUCUUUACCUAAUGAAGAAGAUAACCAAAGUUUAUUGAAUUUCAAAGAAAAUCACAUAGAGCUCGUAAACCAUCCUGAAAUAAGUGUUACAAUUUCUAAUUCCCCUGUCGUCCCUUUGAAGGAAACUACAUCUGAAGAUAAGACUAAUUCUGUUAGUGAUAAAAAAGAAGCAUCUGAAGCUCCAAGUUCGAAUUCUAUGAAAAAGAAGAAGAAGAAAAAAAAGAAAAAGAACUCUGAAAGUGAAUCCGCCCCAGCUCCUUCUGCUCCAGUUCCAGCAAAUGAUGACUCAACUCCUACUUAUGUGAAAUUGCCUGCCGACGGUGGUAAUUGUGUGCUUUUAGUUAGCCACGACAGCUUUUCAAGUGCAAGUAGACAAGUGCCCGAUAAUAAUGCAUCUGGAAAUUCUAAAAAUAAUGUGCCAAUGGUUGUAUUGAAAAAUCCUGAACUUAACAAAACUGAAAGUAACGUACCAUUCGCUCACGCAGCUGCUCAAAAUGAAAACAGCUCUUCAGUCAGUAUAUUUCCUGUGUACUCUGAUUCAAACAAUGAAGAAAAGAAAAAAACUGAUUUCAAUGUUGAUUCGAGCCUUAAUAAAAUAAGCAACAUGAUUAAGAACAAGGAAGAAAACUCAGUAUCUAAAAAUGGUGAUAAUGCUGAGGUUAACAGCACUGUGACUGAAGAUGGAGAAGAAAAUAAGCCCACAAAAGCACAGUUAAAAGCAGAAAGGCGUGCCAAACAAGAAGCACAAAGAGCUGCUAAAUUAGCAAAAGGUACUGAAAAAGACAUUAAAGCACAAAAUUCUGAACAAACUAAAGUGACAACGAAAUCCAAUGAACAACCUGUAUCUAAACAAGUCGUUGUUAUCAAAGAUGUCUCUCCCAAUAAAAGUAUUUCUAAACCACCUGUUGAGCAAGAAAUACACAGAAAAGUACAGAUUUUUUCUCAUUUGCCUCAGCGUAAAGAUUUACUGUCAAAAAAGAUAACAUUUAAUAAUUCAAAAAUACCCCCACCCAUAUUAGAAUUGGGUUCUCACUAUGCUAAAGGCAUAUUGUUUGGUUCAAAUGCACGAUGUGUUGGCUUUUUAGGUGCUGUUAGGCAAGUUAUAGUGGACUAUCAAACACCUCAAACUAAAACUCUUUCUAAAGAUUUGGAAUCUAAACUUCAAAACUACUUUGACUAUCUUAAUAGUUGUCGACCUCUGUCAGUUAAUAUAGGAAAUGCCAUGAAGUUUUUAAAGCACCAAAUUAACCAUAUACCAGAAGGAAUGGAUGAUGCAAGAGCCAAGGAAAGCCUUUGCCAGUCUAUUAAUGAUUAUGUAAGGGAAGAAAUUCUGCUAGCUAAAGAAGCAAUUACUAUUUCAGCAUCGGCAAAAAUCGUCAACAACGACACCAUCUUAGUCUUUGCCUACUCUUCACUCGUAAAAGAUGUGCUUUGUAAAGCCCAUGACCAAAAUAAAAAGUUUCAUGUCAUUGUUGUUGACUCCAGAGCCAAGUUGGAAGGUUUGGAAAUGCUUCGCCGGCUCGUCAAGCAUGGGUUGCAGUGCUCGUACAUAUCUAUCAAUGCUGUUUCUUACGUUAUUAAAAAGGUUAAUAAAGUCAUAAUAGGAGCCCAUGCUUUAUUAGCCAAUGGAUUUGUUAUGUCACGCUUAGGGUGUAAAAUAUUGUCACUAGUUGGUUCUACAAAUAGCGUUCCUGUUCUAGUAUGUUGUGAAACUUACAAAUUUUGGGAAAGAACACUUACAGAUUCUAUUGUGCACAAUGAGCUCGGAAAUCCCGAUGAUCUGGUAACGAUGAGCCUCGAUAAAAAAGAUAGCCUUCUAAAGUGGCGCGACUUGUCUUCUCUGCAAAUAUAUAACCUUUUGUAUGAUGUAACACCAUCAGAUUUCAUUUCUGUAGUCAUAACAGAAAAAGGUUUAAUACCAUGUACUUCCGUUCCUGUACUUUUAAGAGUUAAACAUGCUGGUUUGCAAGAAUAGUUAAAUUAUAGUUUGUUAUUUAAGGAUGAGCAGUUCUCUUAAUUAUCUCUUAAAGUCCGCUUGGUAAAAUAUUUAGCAUAAUAAAUUAUUUAUUUUUUGAAAGGAAGUCUUAAAAAGAUGGAUUUGAAAACAAUGUUUAUAAAAAUAGAGAAUUUUAAUUUUUGUGUUUCGCAUUUAUCUGAAUUUAAUGAAGGAAAGAAGAAAAAAAAGAUACUUAUCGGUUAGCUAAGCAUAAGUAAAUUCAACUAUCUUUUAUUUAUUUAUCUUGGGUGAGGGUCAUUUUGUUUUGUUUUUAAAAAAUAAAAUUUUUUAAAAAAAAAGUUGAAUUUCCUUUCAUUAGGCUAACCGAAAGUGCUAAAAAAAUUAUCUGUUCAAAAUUAUUGUAAAGAUUUUUGUUACAUUUCAGAUCAUGCAAUUCAAAUGUAUUUUUGAAGUUAAUUUGUGAAAAUUGAUUUAAUCAUAAAUUUUUUGAAAAAAAUAAUUGAAAUAAAGGAAAAUUAAAACCUUGCAUUGAACUUUUUUUUUAUACAAUGUUUUUUACUAAGAAAAUAAAAGGGAGAUUUUAAAUAAAGUAAUAAAUGUUGAACUCAUUUGCAAGCUAGAGCCUGUGAUAGAAAAUAAGUUUCUUUCUUUUUUUGUGAAGUUAGAGUUUCGAUCACAAGCAAUCAUGUGUUCAUUGGUGGGGAAAACAUCCCUUGAAGCCAUAAACUAGGCAAGUGACAACUAUUUAUGGAGCUUAAAUGUUGUAAAUUAUGAUAUUUUUUUAAGCUUGCUGCUAAAUUAUAUUUCAGGAAAGCUUUAAAUUUUAAUCAAUUUAUUACUGUCAUUCUUACUAAAACAAAGGAAAAUUAAACUCAAAAUUGUUGCUUUUUAUUUUGUGAUAAAAAUUACUUAAAAAUCUUUUCCUUUUUUGUUUGUAUUUUCAUCUAUCAGCUUUUUCAAUUCAGAUCUUAUAAAAGUGAAAAUUCUUAAGUUUUGAAAACAUUUAAACUGCUUUUCCAAGCCUUAUACCUAAAGCCCUUUGUGCAUAAAUAUAUAUUAUUAUCUUGAAGAUUCUAAAUUAAAUUUUAGUGAUACAAAAUAAAUUAGGUUUAAAAGUUUAUGUGUGAAAAUUCAUUGCACUUUUUUGUGCAUGAGGAAAUGAAGAUUGCAAUUAGAAUUUAUUCUUUUUUGUCAAAAGGCUUUAAAUUAGAGAAAUCUAAAAACAAUCUACACAAAUUUGAACCAUUUGUACGUUUGGUGUUUUAAUGUAGGUAUCGAUGGAAGAGAGGCUUUCUAAGGUUGUCGUAAACUUCUUGAUGCUAAAUGUUAGAGGAACCUUUUACCGCUCUAAAAAUAUUCAAUAAGUGCCACCUGAAUUCUCCAAAAUUUAACAUCAAUAAAUAAGUGCUGUGUGGCUAUAACUAUCCCCAAAAGUUCUAUCCUCCAAAGAAUCUCGUAUUUUUCAAAUAAUUAUCAUUACUCAGUUGUGGUUUUCAUUUUAGGCAGAUUUCUGCCAUUUAAUUAUUACAUGGUUUGAGAGCAUGUUCUGUUUUAAAAUCUUAACCUAGAUAUGAAAUCAAUUUAAUCAAUAUAUGGAUAAUCUUAUUUAAGCAGCGUAACUUUAACAUACUCUUCAGGUGAAGAAAAAGAACUAUUACCACUGUAUUUAUAUUAGGUGCAAAUUUCCAGCAGUCAUUAUUUAAUUAAGCAUUACUGGUAUCAAUAAUAGUUUUGCAUUUUUUUAUUGUCUCCCUAAUUAAGAGCUUUUUCUUUUCUUUUUUUUACAUUAUAUUAACAUGUAUCAGCGGUAUCUAAAUCGACUUCACAAUCCCUUAAAUCUUAUGAAAAUUCUGGGGUCGACGUACACCAGUAAUAAAGUUGCACAUUCGUUGAUAGUGAAAUAUUGAUAAAUUAUAAAUGAGAUAGAUAUGGAUUAAUUUAUCCCUUUCAAAAAUUAUUUUAAUAUAUAUACAAUUUAUUUUGCAUUUUCUAUACAUAUAAAGUUUUUUUUUUAGAAACACUACUUUAAAUUACGUUUAAAAAAUUGAGAUUAAGAAAAGUUAAUUUAAUUUAUUCACGAGUCUUUCAGAAAUAUUUUCAGUGGUCGACUCGUACAACUGACUUGUCAGAAAUUUACUCAUAAUAAAAAAUAGGGUUUGACUUAUACACUGGGAUGUAUGGUAAGUUCAAAAAAUAAAAUUUUCUUUGCUAAUUUAAGCUUUUAUGAUGUUGGAGCACAAAUCUAAUAACCAUAUUUCCAGUCUACUAAAGACAGAAUUGCAAUUAAAAGGACACAUUGAAGCUGUUUCUGACUAUAAUUUGAUUAUCACUUGAAUAUUAUAUGCCCAAUUACUGAAUGAUACUCAAGUUAAAUGUGUAUUUAUAAAAUUUUAUUUCAUUAAAUCAAAUUUCUUCUCAAUCUUAAAUAUUUAUGUAAAAAAUGUCAAGCCAUCAAGGAAAACUUAGUCGUUAUGUAGACACAGUACUAGCUGCAUAGUUAUGUUAUUUAGUACUUGCUAUUGUGCAUCAAAGAUAAUUUUCUUCCACCACUCUUUGAAAUAAGUUUGCAAAGCAUAAAAGUCGUGUUUUAUAUUAAUUUUUUUUUAAAAAAAAGUUUAACAGAUUAAAUAGACACAAUGAUAAAUUUCGGAGGUGUUCUAUAAAAGCUUUUUACAUAUGACUUUUUUAAACAAAAGCUAUAAAAAAAUUUAAUUUUAAUAAAAUUAUGUUAGUGUCUUCUGUUCCUUCAUGGAAAGAAUGGAUUUUUACCUAUGGAUUUGUGUAUAAUUGUUGUAUUUAUCUGUGUGAUAUAUUUUUUGGUUCAUGGGCUUUAAUUUUGAAGAUCAAUAAAUGUAAAAGUAUUUUC